AUCCGCGGUCACACUGAACAGAGCGUCUCGAGUCGCGACAGAAAAAAAACAACAAAUAUUCGCAUGUGCAAUAAAAUAAACAUUCUGUGGCUACCUUAAAGCAAGCGCGGUCUUGUCAGUCGGCGGGAAAGAUGGCCAACUCGAAUAGCAACGUGCGGUGCAUCAACUACUACGACCUGUGUCGCAUCUGCACGGACAGCAGCGACCAGAAUACGAAUGUAUUCUCGGCCGAGGGACGCGCCAAGAAUCUGAGCUGCAAGAUAUACGAAUGCCUGUCCUUGCAGAUUGACGAAAAGGAUCGGCUGCCCAAGGUGGUUUGCGGCCAGUGUGUGCAGCAAGUGGAGCAGAUUCAUGCCCUACGCCACACUUGCAAGAAGACCCAGACUAUGCUCAACGAUUGUCUCAACAUUCCCCCAAUGCAGAACCCCAGCGAAAAGCUCUACAUAAAAGAUGCCAUCGACGACACAGGCAAAAGUCUCAGCGUAGUGAGCAGCAGUCCUGCCAACAGCAGCAGCAGUCAAUCCAAUAAUCUGCUCAGCAGUUUUAUCCAGGCGGUGGGCAUGCAAUCCCAGCAGCAAUUUACCAUCACGGUGGACAACAGUAUCCCACAGCAGCAGCAACAGCAACAGAAACAGGCGCCUCCGUCUCCUGUUCAGCAGAAGUCAGACAAGCAAACCGUCCUGGAGGAGUUUAUACGUCUAAAGCCGGAUAUCAAAAUAACUCCCUUGGGCAAGAGGGACCAUAGUAGUGCUCCCGUUGCCGCAGUCCCCAGUACGCCACAACAGCAAACUCACAGCCGCCGCCUCUGCAAGGCACAAACAAUGAGAACUAUGGCUGCGCCCCAGAUGCAAUUGCAACCAAUGCUUAGCGAGCAGUCCAUUUGGCAGCAGAUACAACAGCUCCAGCAGCUCACCAGUCAAUUGGCGGCCACUACUCAGUUCUCUGCCUCAGAGGAUGGCACAAGUCCGAGCGAAAGCAAGAAACCAAAGCUAAAUUUUGUUCUUUCCGCGCCAGCUGGGCCCCAGUUUACCACAUCACUCCCUCAGUUUGUUGGGGCCCAGCCCCAACUGCAGUUGCAGCUAAUGCCCGUUGGAGGAUCACCCACUGCUGCUGGCGGCCAGACACAGUUGAAUGCCACAGCUCUGCUCUCCAGCCUGUCCAGCCCACAGACGGGCACGAGUGGAGGAGCAGGCAAUAUUCUGUCGCCCAGCAAAUGUUUCCUGCCCAUCACCAUUCGAGACGAGAACUCCGAUCAACAGAUAGUGGCGCACAUAGAUACCAAGAAUCUUGUGCUGCCCACCACUUACCAGGUGCAGAUGAAGCUACAGCCACAGCUGGCCACCGCCGAUGGCCAGCCAAUCAUGGAGUUGACGCCCACCUCCAUUCCCGCCACACUACAACUGACGCCGCAGACAUUGGGAAAUGCAAACAAUUUCCAGGGAGCCACCACAGCAGUCGCAUCCGCGGGACAAUUUCAGAACAUUUUCCUUGCGCCCCAGCCUCCACAACAACAGCAGCAGCAGCAGCCUCAACAACAACCGCCGCAUAAUUUCCAGCAGCAGAAACAUCCGAAACUUGCCGCAAGCACAGCCACAGUGACAUCUCAGCAGAUCAUCAGGUCUCCUCAGUCAAAUCUCAUGACUCCACAGCUGUUCAUCAGGAAUGUUCCCGCCGUAUCGACCAUGGCCAAAACCGUCAAAGAUGAGCCCACCUUUAAGAUUCCCUCGCCCAAACAGAGGCAAAUGCAGCCGCAGCAGACACAGCAACAACCAGUAAACCCCAAAGUGAAUACUUCGCCAACAUCGUCACCUGUGUCCCAGCAACCAUCGCCUGUUCGCAGCCCAGAGCUCAGGCGCGUGGGUGCACAGGGUAAACCACUGCAGUCUGUGGACAACAUCCCGCCAACAACCACAACAUCCAAUCCGGCUGCCUUGCAGCGACUGUCCUCGAGCACAACCAUCACCAAGGUGGCCAAGCCGCAGCCAGUGCCGGCACCCCCGAAUAUGCCGCUGCUGAACAAACAGAACAUAACUAUUAGUCGAAUCCCCACGCAGACUGUAACCCAAACGACUCCGCCCAAACCUUCUAUUCCGGCAUCGACUGCAGCUCCACCUCCGGCAACUGCAAUGCCUAAACCUGCUCUUGCUCCUCCUCCAACGCAGACUCCUUCGAUAGCGGUGCAACACAAGAAGAUAAUGAUGGAGAGUCAAGAGAAACAAGCGCCGAAACCAAAAAUUCCGCGUCCACCGCAGCCCAUCUGCCCAGCGCCUGGUAAGUCUCCGGCAGCGCCUCCUCCCGGUCUGACCUGCCCCAAGUGCAAUCGCGAGUUCAAGAAGAGGGAACAUCUCGUCCAGCAUAUAAAGCUGCACGCAGGCCUGCGUCCCUACAAGUGCAGCGAGGAGGGCUGCGACAAAGCGUUUAGCCGCAAGGAGCACUUGUCACGGCAUCUGAUCUCCCACUCGGGCAAGAAGUUGUUCAAUUGCGAGGCGUGCCAUAAGCCCUUCUCGCGCAAGGACAAUCUGAGCAAGCACAUGCGGAUCCACACACAUCCGCCGAACGAGACCCUGUUCUGCUGCGACGUUUGCAAUAAGAACUUUGCCACCAAGUUGCACUACGAGAAGCAUCGGGAAAUGCACAAAAAGCCGCCGCGUACGGCUCCUGCUUCCACAGUUACUUCAUCCACGCCAGUGCGAACCAAUGGCCAAGCACCCGCAAAGGAUGUUACAUUUGAAAUCGAACAGCAAACUUCGCAGCAGCAGCAGCAGAAACAAACCCCAAAUCAACCGCAUCAGGCUCAAAUUAUGCAUGUGGUCACCACCCAGGAUCACGCUGGGAACACCAUAACUAUUACCCAGGCCCCCGACUCGAAUAUGCCCUCAUCCCUGGCUAACUAUGUUCAGCUGGGCUUCCCAAACUUUACCAACCCGCCCGCCAACCAAUUAGUUUGUAAAAAGUAGACUGUCAACCCCACCCGCAAACUAAACUUAGAUCGUCCUAGUCCUUGAUUUUCAGUUUGGUUUAAUCUGACUGCUGGUCAUCAGUUCCUUAAUAUAUUAUUUUUAAUAGUAUUUCAUAAGACUUGGGGAUGCUCCGCCCCUUCCUUUUGGUGCAAUAUUACUUUUUAAUUUCCUUUUAUUUUCGGUGCAGUUCCAGUAAACUGUGCUCUCGAUAUUCCACCAAUUGUAUUUUAAUGAGCCCCGUAUAUAGUAGUCACCCCCUCUCAAUUCUCAACUGUAUGUAAAUGCUCGAUUUUAAAAUGUAUAUUAAGUAUUGUAGUAGGGCUUUGUAAAUACUUAUCGAUCGAUGUACUCGUAGAUGCUGUAAAGAAAUGUAAGAUGUAAAAAUACCUUUUUUGGGUGAAAGGAAGAUGUGCGAAAACGGAUUCCACUGAGAAAAUAAAUACAUAAAAUAUAUAAUUUAUGGAUAAAAACGGUAUUUGUAUUAUGUGUAUUUCAUUUGGUAUUGCACACUGGAUGGAGCCUUCGAUUUUUGUAGGUGCGCUAUAAAGCAGAUGGCAGGCUGGGGCUGGCCCCAAUGUUUACGUGAAUAUUUUUGAUAACUUAUGGAUAGGUGAAAAAGUAUUUCGCAAGAAUUGAAACAUGCGAACAAGCAAACGAAACGAAUAACAAAAGCAAGCCAGAUAUCUAAAUCCAAAUCCGAAUCAUUAAUAAAACAAGAAAAACCAUUUCCCUUGAAUCUGUUGUGUGUGUUUACGCAUUUAAUCAAAGAAGAUGCACUUGUCAUGGGGAUGUUUAAUACUUGGCAUGGUAUGUGUAUGGGUGAGGCAAUUACAUGGAAAAGGCUUACAAAUAAAUGCUAAAAACUAGAUGGAAGACUACAGCAAGCAUAAAUAUAUAUUUAAACAUACAAAUCUUUGGUUUAACAAUUAACAAAAUUAAGGUUAAAAGCUACUGGGGAAGAACGAAAAUAACAUAACUGAACAGAACAGAGCAGCUAUGUACAUAUCUACUUGCGAUAUCGGUUGGGGGAAAAACAUAAUCUACUUUCAGGCGUCAG